AGGAAGUUACUUGGGAACCAUUAUCUAGAAUCCAAGCAUAUAUGGGAAAGAUCAAAGAUUUCGAAAUGUUCAAUAGAUGACAUUCUUCCACGAUGAGAGAGAAGAUGUGUGGAAUCAUGUAUGCCCAUACUGCCAUUCUGAAAUAUUAUGAAGGAAGACUCCAGAUGAAAGGAAGAGGAUCUUACAGACAGAAGGAAAGAGAUAUACAAAAAGAGCAGUCUUACAGAAAUUUCAUGGACAAGUUAUAUCAAUAUGACAGUAUUGAAAAAACUCAAUGAAUUCAGUACGGAAAGACUAAAGUUUCACAACCAAAGUUUAGAGGAGAGAACCUCCAACUCAAGGAUUACCAAGUUGAUGGGCUUAAUUGGCUAAUCAGAGCAUGGCAUGAGAGGAGGAAUGUGGUCCUUGCUGAUGAAAUGGGACUUGGAAAGACCAUUAUUUCAGUGACAUUUUUAGACCAUAUUGCAAAAACAACAAAAGUAUUCGGACCUUUCUUGAUUGUCGCUCCUUUGUCAACUUUGGAUCAUUGGGUUAGAGUUGUACAAGACUGGACUUACCUCAAUCCAGUUUUAUAUUAUGAUAGCAAAGGUGGAAAUGGAAGACAAGCCUUAAUGGAUUGGGAAUGGUACAUGCCUGAAAUCACUCAAGGAGGAAAUACCACUCUCAAAAACAGCAUUUUCAAACCCCAUGUAGUCAUUACAAGUUAUGAAGUAUUCAUGCAAGACAUCAGAACCGUACUUAAACAUGUUCCAUUUAUGUAUAUGGUUAUCGAUGAAGCUCACAGACUGAAAAAUGCAAAGACAAAAGUUCUUAGCUUGAUGAAAGAGCAUCCUUGCAGGAACAUUUUAUUACUCACAGGAACGCCGGUCCAAAACAAUACUUCAGAAUUGUUCUCAAUUCUGAACUACAUUGAGCCAGAUAAAUUCUGUGAUGAAGAAGCAUUCAAAGAAAGAUUCGGAAAUUUAACUAACAACGAUCAGAUUUCCGACCUUAAGAAGUUGAUCAAGCCACAUUUCUUGAGAAGAAAGAAAGAUGAUGUGGAGUUCAGUAUUCCUCCUCUCAACGAAACUGUGAUAGAGGUAGGUCUUACCUCACUGCAAAAAGCAUAUUACAAAGGAAUUUACUCUGAGAAUAGAAGUGUACUGGCCCAGUUUGGAAGUUCUUCAGUGAAAACUUCCCAGCUGAACAAUCUUGACAUGCAACUACGUAAAUGAUGUGACCACCUCUAUAUGCUUAAAGGUGUCGAAGAAGACCUCACUGAAAAUAUUCAAUCUUAUGAUGAGGAACUCCAAAAAUUAAAAGAUGCAAGCGGCAAGCUGAUCCUUGUCGAUAAGUUUAUCGAGAAAUACAGAAAGCAGAAUCACAAGAUCUUGAUAUUCUCCCAGUUUACAAGUUGUCUUGAGAUCCUAGAGAGAUACCUGGUUCUGAAGAGGAUCAGGACUGAGAAACUUACAGGAUCGAUUAACUCUACUGACAGAGUCCUCUCAAUUCAAAGGUUUAAUGAAGAUAAACGUUUUGGAGUAUUCUUACUUACUACCAAAGCAGGAGGACUGGGAAUCAACCUUGCAAUUGCUAGAGUUGUGAUCAUUUUUGACUCAGACUGGAACCCACAGAAUGAUCUCCAAGCAAUUGCAAGAGCCCACAGAAUUGGUCAGAAAUUCUCCGUACAAGUCUACAGGUUAAUUACUGCCGAUACUUACGAGCAAGAGAUGUUUAAGAGAGCUUCCAAGAAACUUGGAAUGGAGCAGGCCAUUUUCUCCAAAGGAGAUUUCACGGAUGAGAACUUUUCGAAUACUGGAAAUUUCAAUGAGAUCAAGAACAACCCAAAUGAAGUUGAGAAUCUUCUCAAGCAUGGAGCUUAUGCUUUCCUCAAUGAAGAAAAUGACAAAGAAAAUGAUAUUGAAAGUCUUGAUAUUGACAAACUCAUUGAAGAUGCUGGCAAAGGAGGCCUCAAAAAAGGCUACAACUAUGAAAAGAAGACAUUUGAUGUAGCAGAGCAUGAAAGAGACAUCCCUGAUUUUCAGAAUGAUAAAUUUUGGAACAAGAUAUUCUCAGAUGAUAUUCCCUCUGUUGCUAACCUAGAGAAGGAGUUUAAGAGUAAUAGGAAGAAGCUACUCAAAAACCAGGAAGCUCUAGUAAUAUUCCUAGACAAACUUGAUAGAGCUAUUGAAGACCUUAUGGACUCGUGCAAAAAUAAGCAAACUCUCAGUGAUCUUAUCAAAGAUGAUGAAGAGAAAAUUAGAUUUAUCCUUGAAGCAGUAUUAAAGUCGAAAACGGUGGAUUUGGAUGCAAAGGAAAGAGCCAAAGAUAUGCUAGAUUUAGUUACCUCAACCUUAUAUCAACAUCAAACAUUCACUAAGAAAGCGAGAAAAGAUUUAAGUAAAGUUAAAGGAAAAUCAGGUCCAAGACUGAAGAAGAGAUCUAGGCCUUCCACUCAGCAAAGUGAGAAUGAGAAUGAUCCUAAUAUGAUUAUGGGAUGUCAAAGUUUAGCAGCUGCAAUGUCAACACCUAAAGAUUCUCAAGACAAAAGCUCCUCUCAAAACUCAGGAGGAUUCAAUCUUGGUCUAAGAUCAAAGAGGCUGGAGAAAAUUAAACAGAAGAAACUUGAAAAUGAAGAGAUGGAAAGACGACAUUCUAAGGUUGAAAAUUUGAUCAACUCAAAACUUGUUCGAUCUCGACAGAAAAGACUUCCUUCUAUAAACUACGCUGAGACAGAGUCUAUUUCUGAUUCUAGCCCUACCAAUAACGCUCAUAGCCUUCCUCUUGAGACUCCCUACAUUGACGAAGACUACCAGAAAGACCUCAACACAGAACACGACGAAGAGAUCCUCCCCAUUCAAAAACCCAAAAAACCCAAAAAAUCUAAAAAAUCCAAAAAAGUCAAAAAAGUCAAAACCAAACCCCGUAAACACUAACCCCUAAUCUCCUCACUAUUA